AUGGAGGACGGAGAAAGUUCAGUUGGCAUUUAUGAUAGUUCAUAUAAGGAACUGAUUUAUCAAGAGGACUUCAGUGAAGAUGAGCACACUCUCUACUCAAACCAAGAGAAGCAACAAGUGUCCAUGUCCAUGGUGAGACCUGAAUCCAUUGGGAAUCAUUACAAACUGCUUACAGUAAGCCUAGCAGUGCUUGCUGUCAUUCUACUAGCAGUUGACAUUGGCCUGGGAGUCUAUUAUAGCAAACUUACUGAUGGGCAGCACAUAACGGACAUCAGCAAUGAGGUGGCCAAACUGCAGGCUACUUACAACGAUGCAGUCCAAAGCAGGGACGAAGCCAAGAAACAGUUGGCAAGCGAGAUCAGUCAGCAGCAAUUUACCAAGUGGGAGAUUGAACACGAGAAUAAAAGACACAAAUCCUAUGAAAAGCUGAGUGACAAAAUUCAACUGGAAAUUGCAGCGCUGAAGUCCCACAUCCCAAUGAUUAAGGAGGGCUGCAGACACUGUCUACCAGGAUGGACUUUCAUGAACUCCUUGUGUUACUACUUCGCUUUCCUUGAUAAUAUGUCACGCAGAUCAUGGCAGGAAGCCAGACAGUUCUGCACAAAACGAGAAAGUGACUUGGCAGUGAUAGACAGCAGAGAGACACACCUGGCGAUAAGUAACUUGAUAAAUAACUAUCAAGACCGUGCGAGAGAAAUAAGCAUCAGUGGCUUCUGGAUUGGACUGAGAGAUGUGGAGCAAGAAGGGAUUUGGAAAUGGGUGGAUGGAAGAACACUGAAUGAGGGGUUCUGGAAUGAUGGAGAGCCCAACAACCAGGGCAAUGAGGACUGUGCAGCUGCAUAUCCCAGAAGCAACCCUUUUAUGUCCUGGAAUGAUGCUCCAUGCAAUUAUGAACUGAAAUGGAUUUGCCAAAUGGCACCACGGUCUUCUUCUGAAAGCUAA